AGGGCUUUUUCAUAUUCACAGCUCAGGGCAGCUCAGGCAGAGAGUGUGCUAUGAGACACACACAGCAUGAAAAGAGGACUAAAGUGAGACUGAGAACAGACCUGUGACUUUGCUUUGGAUCUCAUCUGCUGGGCUGGAUGGCGGUGGUGUGCUUUACCUUUUAAAUGCUGUUGCUUAUCAAUAUGAACAACAGAACCAGAAUCAGGACCUGUGAUAAUUACCUGAGCAUAAAGGACUCCGAGUCGCUCGACGCCUGCAUACAGAACACCCUGUCGGCACUCUACCCGCCCUUCAACGCCACCGCUGCCACUGUGCUGUGGCAGCUGUUCAGCGUGGUCGAGAGGUCGUACCGUGGCGACGGGCUCCGCUGCCUGAUAGACUUCCUCGUCCCCGCCAAGCGAAUACUGCAGGCCAUUCAGCAGGAGACCUGCGCAAAAUUCAAAGGGCUGAUUUUCUACCAUGAAGGAUGGCCUUUGUGUAUUCAUGAAAAGGUUGUGGUGCAGUUAGCUCCCCUCCACAAGGUUAGACUGAAGCAAGGGGACUUCUACUUUCAGAUUGUACCACUGGGGAAGCAGUCGGCAAAGCUGGUCAUAAAAUGCCUUUCAAGCUGUGUCCAGGCUAUUGUGGAGAUACCUAUUCCAGAAACAAUGUAUGGGAGUGUCUUCACAACUGAAUUCCUGCAAAAUGUAACUUGCGAAAAGAGCAUUUUCCCACUACAAAACUGUUUGCUGACCACGGGCACUGUUGUUUACAGGACACCUUGGAAAAACAUUGUCAACCCAUUAUUUAUCUCCACGCCUGAAACCAUAAUGCAGAACUGCAAUGGCAACUCCUUUUGUGAUUCGCAGAUAAGCUGCAGCACAGAGGUCAUCAGUUUGACAAGUACUAUGGAAAGCCAGGGCUCUCUUGACAGUGUUUAUUCAGAAAACCCGGAUUCGACGGUGGGGGAAGCAAUUUUGCACGAUUGUCAGAGGAAUGGAGGGAAUAACAAACCAGCAGAACAAGAAACCAAACAGGACUCCAACACAUCAACAAAUGAAACGGAGACAGACUUUAAAAACACAGAUGUGAUUUCAUUGUUGUUACCCAGCAAUGAAAACAAUAAUGGAAGAGCAGAGCCAGUUAAGGCCUUGAAAUGUGAUGAGAAAAGUGGCACUAAGUGCCUUUCCUUCACCCCAGAUCUGAGCAACUUAGGCACCAGAAGGAAACAGCUCAGGGAUUCUACGCAUUUUGAAACAAGACGUCUGUUUCGAAAAUCCUACAUGGAGGCCUUACAAAAUCCAAUGAAUCUUGGAUCUAGCACAGAAUCGAUAUCUGAGGAAGCUGCAGAAAACUGUAGCAGCUCCCUGGCUCAAGAUCCCACUGGAAGAAUCUCUCAGAACAAUGAGUCUGAAAAACACAGCCCAAAACGGGAGCACCUUGCAAAGAGAUUCCCUGCUGGUGAACUGUCAAGGGGGGAGACUCAUAAACAUCACUGUCAAGUUCCCAGACCCCUUACACCACAGGGAGACCCUGCGUUCGGGGAGCACAAACUGGAAGACAAGCGUUCCAAGUCUCUGGAGAGGACGCACAAAACCUCGCAGGUUAAAGGUCACAGGGCACGGUCAUCAUCCGGGGGGUCAACAAGUCAGUCUCCAAAAAAACUUACAAAUGGAUAUGCCCUUAAACUGAGAAAGCUUGAUUUUGAGGGGGUGCUUCCCCACAUGGAAAAAAGACAGAAUGAUGCAAAGGAGGACUUAGUUCUCCGUGAGAAAGGUGUAGAAGGGGAACUGGAAAGCAAUAGUCACAAUGGUGAAGUCAGCCAGACCGCCAGCAUUCCGAGCAGGUCUUCCAAAAUUGAAUGUGCAAACAUGACUGUGUUAUCAGAAGAUGGUCUUUCUCAUCUACCUAGAGGGGCAUCAGAGAUCAAUCAGGAGCUUCUCGUUUCUGGAGCAGUCAUUUUACCAGGAAAUAGAGACCGUAAUGGGCAUGCAGUUAUGCAGGUCUGCACACGAACCAGGAUUUGGCUUAAUGAAAACUGCACAGCCAAAGAACUAUUUCGCUUGAUAACGUAUUACUACAUCACUCUGAGAAAAGAGAAGCGUGAUUUAGGUCUAACAGUUGUAGUUGAUGCCCGAAAGCACCAGCCUAUUUCAACCCUUUUCGCAGCACUAACAGAAGUCCAGACUUCGCUGCCAAAUGCACUUUAUUCUGUUCUACUGCUUGUGGACAAAGAUACAACAUGCAAACCUGAAAGAGACACAACUGUACAGUACGAACCGCUAACGUCCCUGAAGACACUGUACAAACACAUAGAUUCCAGUCAGCUCACCAGAGAGUUUGAUGGGACUUUUCUCUAUGAUCACAAUCAGUGGAUACAGUUCAGAAGGAAAAUUGAGCCCUUUGCAAGCAGCUGUAAUGCUGCCAUCUCCACCCUUCAGAGCUCCAUCUCAACCCUGAGCUCACACAGUCCUCUCUCCACUGCCCAGGAAGUUGCAGAGGUGAUCAGCAGACACAGACUCCUCAUGAAGAAUGUCCUGGAUGACAGGCACUUGAUCCGGCUCCGACUACAGGGAGGAACCAUCCUGGCCAGAAUCAAGAAAGAGGAGUGCUGUGAAAGUGAGAAUCACAGGGAUGCCAUUGAUAUGGUUACUGCGUUGUACAAUCAGGUGGAUGAAGAAGUUCAUAAGCUAGUAAUUUUGUCCAACAAGUCUCUGAAACAGUUGGAGAGUCUCUUGGAGAUGCGUAGGUUUGAAGAAGGAAGUAACCAGAUAAAAUUGUGGUUUUCUGUGGAGGGAGAGAAGUACCUCGCUCCCCUGGAUUCUAUGACUAUGUCUUUAGCUGGUCUGAAGCAGAUGCGACAGUGCUUAGCAAUGUUUCUCGAGGAGUCUGCACAACAUCAGAAAAGGGGGAUGCAGCUCAUCAAGGAGUCCAAAGGCAUCGCUAACACCUCCCUUUUCAAAGAUGCUCACCUGGAACAAAAGGUGCAGGACUUUAAGCUGCACUUGUACAACACCAUUGGCAGAAUCGAGAGGCGAAGGACUGAGCUGGAAAUAUUGGUCAAUCUGUAUGAGUUUUAUGAUACGGCUGACCAAUGGGUGGAACACUGCAAUGAAUACUUUAGGCAACUGAAUGUGGAAGACAGCACUCCCAGGCUCUCUCCAGCAGAGAUUCAGAUCCUGCAGGACUAUCACCGCGAGGCUAAAAAGUUCUCGCCAGAGAAUUUCCACACUCUAAAUGAAAUGGUGUUGAAUCUCAACAGCCCCAGCAAGCUGAAGGAGUGGAACAGCCACUGGAUGAAAUGUCAGCAAACCAGACAGCAUCUAGAAGAAGUCUUAGCUAGAGCCACAACGACACCCAAAAGCUGUGGGCUGACAUCGCCAGCUGACUCCAAAACAGCUGAAGGAAAAAUGGGAGUCAGGCAGCCUUCAUGUCGACGUGUCAGUGACAGUUGCAUAAACCCCACGCAGACUCAGGAGUCCAGAAAAAUGAGUCCUCACGGGCGCGAGGAUGUCCCAUUCUCUAAAAGCCACUCUUUGUUUCUGGCCCCCUUUCAAGCUGGGUCCGAGCAAAGCGGGCCGAGCCCGGCUGUGCUUGACGACACCGAUAGCGACUGCACUGUGGACUCCUCUGCCUCCUGCUGGUCGGAACCCGUGUGCUCCCCAGUGGCGCGGCACAGGAAGCAGCCGUUGAAAAAGAUGAUGAAGAAAAACGUCGGCCACGACGCUUCCUCGAGGGAGAGUAGCCACGGGUACACGGGUGUCUACAUUAGGGGGCUGGAAGUGGCCAAUAACGUGGCCCCAGAAAAAAAGCUGCAAAGGCCUGACGUGAAAAGCCCGCAGCUGUGCCGGAGCCGCAGCCUGUCCUCCCCUCCCAGAAUGCACAGCAGACGCUCUGACGGAGACGUCAGAAAGCAGAGCAGCAAAAUGCAGCACAUUAUGGAUGAAAUGAUUUCCACGGAGAGGGAAUAUGUUCGAUCACUUGGUUAUAUAAUUGAAAACUAUUUUCCGGAGAUGGAAAGGAUAGACCUGCCCCAGGAUUUAAGAGGAAAGCGCAACAUCAUCUUUGGAAAUAUGGAGAAACUGUAUGAUUUUCACAGUCAGUAUUUUCUCAAAGAACUGGAGCACUGUGUGGAGUCCCCGCUGUCCGUCAGCUGCUGUUUCCUUCGACACGAGGAACAAUUUGGGAUGUAUGCUUUGUACAGCAAGAACAAGCCACAAUCAGAUGCUCUGUUAGCCAGUCAUGGCAACGGCUUCUUUAAGAACAAGCAGCUGGAGCUGGGAGAUAGAAUGGACCUGGCCUCCUAUCUGCUGAAGCCUAUCCAGAGGAUGAGCAAGUACGCGCUGCUCCUGAAGGACAUGAUCAAGGAGUGCAGCAAAUCUCAGGACCAGGAGCUCACUGACCUGCGGGCUGCCGAGGAGAUGGUCAAGUUCCAGCUGCGCCAUGGCAACGACCUGCUGGCCAUGGAUGCCAUUCGAGGCUGCGAUGUGAAUCUGAAAGAACAAGGGCAGCUGCGGUGCCAGGAUGAGUUUAUUGUCUGGUGCGGACGCAGGAAGUACCUCCGGCACGUCUUCCUUUUCGAGGACCUCAUUCUGUUCAGCAAAACUAAAAAGAUUGAUGGGGGAUAUGACAUCUACAUUUACAAACAGUCCUACAAGACUGCAGAAAUCGGAAUGACCGAAAAUGUGGGCGACAGUGGGCUCCGGUUUGAAAUCUGGUUUCGACGUAGGAAAUCGCAGGAUACCUUCAUCCUUCAAGCCAGCUCAGCGGAGGUGAAGGCAGCUUGGACAAACAUAAUAGGAAAAAUUCUGUGGAGACAAGCACUGCGUAACAGAGAGCUGCGAAUGCAGGAGAUGGUCUCAAUGGGAAUAGGCAAUAAGCCUUUUAUGGACAUUAAGCCCAGCGAUGCUGCAAUAAGUGACAGAGCAAUAGAUUAUAUCAUGAAGGGAACAGAAUCCAGAACUAGAGCCUCUAUAGCAGUGUCUUCCUUUGACCACUCCACGCCCUUCAAAAGGCCACACUCUACCAUCUCCAACAGCAGCACCUCUUCCUCCAGCAGCCAGUCCUCUUCCUCCAUCCUGGGGUCCUUAAACCUGCACAUAUACCCUUCUCCGUCAUAUGCUAUAGCCAACUGCCCAAGUUUAAAUCACUGGUCAUACGACAUUGGAACAUGCAUUGAAGAAGAUGAGCUGGAGCAGGAAACAGGAAGCCAGCCCUCCAUGAUAACCGAGAGUUCUGAAACGUCCUCUCAGUGCACCUCAAGUGACAGCGUGACUGGUCUGAGUGGUCUGACUCUGGCCAGCCAAGCACAAACUUCUGCUGAUACUUUCUCUAGUGAAGGGACCUCCUUCCUGUGUUCAUCGCCUCCCUUGCAAUCCCCCUCCCCACCACUGUUUCAGCAAAAUGAAGAUCUCAAACAGCCCAGCAGUCAGUACAUCACAGCAAGCAAGACUUCUCAUAUUACAAUAGGCCUCUCUACAGUGGUCUGACUGAAAGGCUUUGGCUCAUUAUGAAAAGCACCUGUGAUGGUUCCUCGUGACGAAUAGGAAAUUCACAGCUUGAACAUGUCAAGAACCACCAAGCUAAAGCUCUUUCCUAGUGGGAUUUCUAACAUAUUGGACUGAAAGACACGUGCAGUGCACAUCUUAAAAAAUAAUAAGAAAUGUAAAAUUGUUAUUAUUGUUGUCGUUGAGACUGGUGAACAUUUUAAAGAAGAUUAUUAACUAUAUUUUGACAUUUUUAAUUCUGUUAUAAAUUAAGAAUCUAAUUUCUAUCUCCUACUAAAAACAACCUUCUGGUACGUUAUGAAAACUGUAUAUUGACUUAGUUGCCUAGGUCUUUAUUAUUGUUCAUAUGUGUGUUUUUUUAUCUCUUUUAUAAGGAAACAGAAAUAGCACAGGACAUAUUUUUGCAUUAUGAUUAGUUGACAGCUUUGCAACUAAUCCAAUAAUCCUGCAGUAGAAACUGUAUCGUUUAUCUGUACAGUGUAUUAAAUAAUAUUUAAAAAGGUC